GCAGGAGAAUUUACAUCUCAAUCAUUUAAUGAUUAUUAUAUGUCAAUUAGGAUUACUGUUGAGCAUCCAGUUCCUCACAUGCAUACACAAAAUGGUAUGGCUGAAUCCCUUAUUAAGCGUCUGCAAUUAAUUGCAAGACCGCUGCUUAUGAGAUCAAAGUUACCCGCUUCUGCUUGGGGCCAUGCUAUAUUGCAUGCUGCAACGUUGAUUCGAUUAAGGCCAACUGCUUAUCAUAAGCAUUCACCAUUACAACUUGUUUCUGGGAUUGAACCAAAUAUAUCCCAUUUAAAGAUUUUUGGCUGUGCUGUAUAUGUUCCUAUUGCUCCUACACAGCACACUAAAAUGGGUCCCCAAAGAAGGCUGGGAAUUUAUGUUGGUUUCGAAUCACCAUCUAUAAUUAAAUAUCUUGAACCAAUGACUAGUGAUCUCUUCACAACAAGAUUUGCUGAUUGUCAUUUUGAUGAAAAUUUGUUCCCAGCAUUAGGGGGAGAGGAACAAAAGUUGAAGAAACAGGAAUUAACUUGGGAUGCAUUAUCUAUAUCUCAUUUAGACCCUCGAACAGGUCAAAGUGAACUGGAAGUUCAGAAAAUUAUUCAUUUGCAAAAGAUUGCAAAUCAAUUGCCCGACGCAUUCACUGAUGCAAAGAAAGUAACUAGUUCACACAUCCCAGUUUUGAAUGUUCCUGCUCGAAUUGAUAUUCUUGUUCAAAAAGGUGCUAAAACAGUAGCAAAUGAAUCUAUUAUACGCCAAAAGCAUGGUAAACCUGUCGGUUCCAAAGAUAAAAAUCCAAGAAUGAAGAGAAAGCAGAAUGCUGGCUCCAUUGAAAUUGUAGAGACUCAAAAGUUCUCUAAACAACAGCCAGAAAAUGCAUCUAAAGAAAUAAUCCCAGAAAAGGUUCAAGUUGUUGAAAAUAAUGAAGAUGCAGAUAUUGAAAAUAAUGAAGAUGCAGAUAUUGAAAAUAAUGAAGAUGCAGAUAUUGAAAAUAAUGAUGAGAUCUCAAUAAAUUAUAUUUCCACAGGGAUAAAGUGGAAUCGAAAUGAUGUUGUCAUUGACGAUGUUUUUGCAUUUGCUAUAGCAAAUGAUAUAGUCAAUGAAAAUGAGGAUCUUGAACCGAAAUCCAUUGAAGAAUGCCAACAAAGAGGUGAUUGGCCAAAAUGGAAAGAUGCAAUUCAGGCAGAAUUGAAAUCAUUAGAAAAACGCCAAGUUUUCGGACCAAUUGUCCAAACACCCAAUGAUGUAAAGCCUGUCGGUUAUAAAUGGGUGUUUGUGAGAAAACGAAAUGAGAAAAAUGAGGUUGUGAGAUACAAAGCCAGACUGGUAGCUCAAGGCUUUACACAAAUACCUGGCGUUGAUCAUGUGGAAACAUAUUCUCCUGUGAUGGAUGCAAUUACAUUCAGGUUUCUAAUAAGUUUAGCAGUUUCUGAAGGCCUUCAAAUGCGCCUCAUGGAUGUUGUAACUGCUUACUUAUACGGAUCACUUGAUAGUGACAUUGAUAUGAAAGUCCCUAUUGGAGUUAAAAUGCCUGAAGCAUACAACUCAAUGCCAAGAGAGAUAUUUUCAAUAAAAUUAAAACAGUCUCUAUAUGGCUUGAAACAAUCAGGGCGAAUGUGGUACAAUUGCCUAAGUGAAUAUCUCCUAAAAGAAGGAUAUGAAAAUAAUCCCAUUAGUCCAUGUGUUUUUACCAAGAGGUCAAAAUCUGGUUUUGCUAUCAUUGCUGUAUAUGUUGAUGAUAUAAAUAUCAUUGGGACAUCUGGAGAGCUUGAAAAGGCAAUUGAAUAUUUAAAGAAAGAAUUCGAGAUGAAAGAUCUCGGGACAACAAAAUUUUGUCUCGGUCUACAGAUCGAGCACUUAUCAAAUGGAAUUUUUGUCCAUCAACUCAAUUAUGUUGAAAAGAUAUUGAAGAGAUUUAAUAUGGACAAAUCUCAUCCUUUAAGCUCUCCAAUGGUUGUUCGAUCCCUUGAUGUAAAGAAAGAUCCUUUUCGACCUCGUGAAGAUAAUGAAGAAAUUCUUGGUCCUGAGCAAGAUAUAGUUCUGCACCAACACGAAGACAUUGGAAUGGCAUUAAACAUUUAUUCCAUUAUCUUCAAAGAACAAAAGAUAUGGGAUUAUUUUACUCAAAGCACUCAAAACUAGAGUUAGUUGGAUAUGCAGACACAGGAUAUUUGUCUGAUCCACAUAAAGGGAGAUCACAAACUGGAUAUUUAUUCACAUAUGGUGGUACCGCAAUUUCUUGGCGUUCAACCAAACAGACCAUUGUUGCCACAUCCUCAAAUCAAUCAAAAUUAAUUGC